GUGUGAGAGUGUGUGUGCAGCAGAGAGAAACAGAAACAGUCUUUGGUUUUGCGAGAGGUUAGAGGAGCACCAGGCAGCGUGUAUGUGUGUGUGUGUUCUCGGAGGUCCCUGGGUGUUGGACGCGUAUGUUGUCGUGGAAGGACUCCUGCAUCUCAGACCCCUUGUUUCAGCAUGCUUACUGAGCCUGAGCUUCCUCAGGAGUUUAACAGGAUGUCUUCCAAGCGACCAGCCUCUCCAUAUGGGGGAACAGAUGGAGAGGUAGUCAUGGCGACAAGCAGACAGCGAUUGGAGGAUGAAGAGGUUGACGGACAUGCUGUCAUUCACUUGCCCCUGAGUUCGUACUGCAGCAAAGUGUCCCCGCGAUCUCCUCGACUACUCGACAGCCCCCCGACACUACACGCGAACAUGGAUCAGGAUGGCUGUAAAGGCCUGGCCCUGAGCCCCUACCCCCAGCACAACUCUUCUACCUCACCCAGUAAGCAGCAGCAUCAGCAGCAGGAGGAGGGGUCCAUGCGGCCGGGCAGCGAACCCAGCUCCGCUUCAGCUCUGGGCACCCCAGAGAGACGCAAGGGCAGCCUGGCCGACGUGGUCGACACACUCAAACAGCGCAAGAUGGAGGAACUCAUCAAGAAUGAGCCAGAAGAGGCCCCCAGUAUUGAGAGGCUGUUGUCUAAGGACUGGAAGGACAAGCUAUUGGCCAUGGGUUCUGGCAACUUUGGGGAGAUCAAAGGCACCCCGGACAGCCUGGCGGAGAAAGAGCGCCAGCUGAUGGGCAUGAUCACGCAGCUCAGCAGUCUCAGAGAGCAGCUUCUGGCCGCCCAUGAGGAGCAGAAGAAACUAGCCGCUUCGCAAAUUGAAAAACAGCGCCAGCAAAUGGAGUUGGCCAAACAGCAACAGGACCAGAUUGCACGACAACAGCAGCAACUUCUGCAGCAGCAACACAAAAUCAACCUCCUGCAGCAACAGAUCCAGCAGGUCCAGGGUCAGUUGCCUCCGCUGAUGAUACCUGUGUUUCCUCCAGAUCAGAGAACUCUGGCCGCCGCUGCAGCACAACAAGGAUUUCUACUUCCUCCAGGGUUCAACUACAAGCCGGGCUGCAGUGACCCUUACCCUCUACAGCUGAUCCCCACGACUAUGGCAGCCGCUGCUGCGGCAACGCCUGGCCUCGGCCCUCUUCAGCUGCAGCAGUUGUAUGCUGCUCAGUUAGCUGCCAUGCAGGUGUCUCCGGGGGCCAAACACAGCACAGUGCCUCAGGCCAACCUGGCAACCGGAACACACUCGCCCACCAGCGGCCAGAGCGAGAAAAACAGAAGCACCCCACCACCAAAGCCCAAGGACGAGGGCGCUCAGCCCUUGAAUCUGUCGUCCAAGCCUAAGGCAUCCGAGAGCAAGUCACCCACCUCCCCCGCUUCCCCACAGGUCCCUACCCUGAAGCUGGGCCCCGGGUCCCUGAAGCACAGCGCCCACUCCAGCAUUGGAGGACCGCCGUCCAGACUCAGCUCCAUAGACCUGCUGUCGUCUAUCACCUCUGGCGGCUACCUGAACGACCACGAGGCCGUGACCAAAGCUUUCCAGGAGGCCAGACAGAUGAAGGAGCAGCUUAAGAGAGAGCAGCAGGUGCUGGACGCCAAAGUAGCGGCAGUCAACAGCCUGAGCCUCAACAAUGGACGCUCAGAAAAGGAUAAAGCUGCUCUUGAGAGCUUAAGCCAGCAUUUAAAACAGUCUGAAGAGAGCAAGUUCACUCACGCAAUGAUGGACUUUGGCAUCAGUGGAGAUUCAGAUGGAAGCCCGAGUGUGUCGGACUCCCGGAUCUUCAGAGAGGCUCGAGGGCGUGGCGGCAGCAGCGAACCGCACAUCAAGCGGCCCAUGAACGCAUUUAUGGUCUGGGCUAAAGACGAGAGGAGGAAGAUCCUUCAGGCCUUCCCUGACAUGCAUAACUCAAACAUCAGCAAGAUUCUCGGUUCUCGUUGGAAGGCCAUGACCAACCUGGAAAAGCAGCCAUACUAUGAAGAACAGGCCCGUCUUAGUAAGCAGCACUUAGAGAAAUACCCAGACUACAAAUACAAACCACGGCCCAAACGCACCUGCCUGGUUGAUGGAAAGAAAUUGCGCAUUGGUGAAUAUAAGGCCAUCAUGCGCAACCGCAGACAGGAGAUGCGCCAGUACUUCACCGUAGGGCAGCAGACCCAGUUACCCUUGUCUUCAGCGGGCGUCGUGUACCCGGGUGCGCUCUCUAUGGCGGGAAUGCCCUCUCCACAGUUGCCCUCUGAGCACUCGAGCAUGUCGAGUAGCCCCGAACCAGUCCCGCCCACCAGCCAGCCCUCAUACCGCACACACAAAGGGGAGGGGCCUCGCGUGAAGGAGGAGGAGCUCCGAAUGGACGACGGCAACGGCGACGCCUACGAUGACUUUGACUACGAAGACGAUGACUAUGGCAGUGACAGUGAGAAUCACAUCACUCAGUAAACCUGCCAAUCGCAGCCAUCUCACCUGUCACUUGACAUCUCACGCAAGCAAACUUCAUUCCGCCCCCAUACACCGGCUCCUCCAGAGCCAAGCCUGAUAUCCACAGCAAAGCACAGGACCUGUCAAUCAAAAUGACUGUUACAUGAAAAGGAGGGUCUUGUGAAUGAAGCGUAACACUUGCCCUGACUCCCGCUGAGCGAACGUACCGCGGCAAGUUCUUAUCGAAUCACGAGUAAGCUAUGACUACAUAGGAAAAAUGACGCUUGACCGGUUUUAAUCGAGACAUUUAUUACUAAGGACCUGUCAGUCGACCCGUCAUAGACACUUUAAAAAUGGUGGACCUGUUUGUUUCUAAAGAGACACUUUUAAACCGCUUUUUUUUUUUUUUGGUUCUAUAAUAUUCUCACUCAGGUACACAGUGCCAACAAGUGGCUUGUGAAUGUGAUUUUGUUGUUUUUGUGCUACAGUUUUAAUAGAGAAAAAAGACACUUAUUUUCCUCUUCACCGUAAAGCACCUGACAGGAGUAAAAUGACAAACAUUUCCUAUUUUUUUUCUCUCUCUUCGGCGCGCUGUUAGCCGAAUCUCUUUCUAUCAUCGUCCACGCCCGUGUGCUCUCACUCAAAGAUGUCUUUUCUUUUGGACGAAAGGAUGGGAAGGGAGGAUUCGCGUCCCUUCACUCAGGAGUUUGGACACCGCUGGAUGACAGACAAUCCCUCCUUCCUCACAUCUUUUCCUCUUGACACUUGACACGCUUUUACUGUUCCUUUCUCCUCUUCUGUGGGAACUUUUGGAUGUCGACGUCUCCUGUGUGGAGACAAACUUUGAGAUAGCACAAACUUGGUGUUUGGUGAGCAGCUGACAUGGAGAGUGAAGCCUCGAGCAGAAUUAUUGUACACGUGCACAUUUCUUUAUGUUUGUGGAUGAAUGCGCCUUUUUGCUAGGUUUUUAAGUUAAUAUUAAUACAUGUAGACAGUUGAUGUGCUGGUCAUGUGAACAUUAACAACGACAAAAAAAAAAACGAUAAUAUUCAAUACGUACGAGGAAGGCAGCCAAACGUUUAAUAAUUCCACUGCAUUUACCAUUUCUUCAUUUUUCUUUACAUCCGAUCAUCCCUUGUUCAUUUGUUUGGUAGCUUUUACCACCCUCCCUUUCAUUUUGUCUCCCUGUUUUUGUCACAUAUGGGUGCAGGGAACAUUGCUCCUCAUUCCAAAAGGAAAAGAGGGGAUGCGGAGAGAAAAGCUCUCUAGAGAAGAGUCUGUGCCUGAAUGGCGUAUUGAAGGAGGAGAAUAGGUUUCCCACAAGCCCCAGCGCUCAGCACUCUGCUUUCAAAGGACAGCUCUGAGAGAAACCAGGGAUCUCCGCACAAGACAAGCACGAGUGUGCGUUUCAAUCAGCACCCCUUAAUAUAUCUCCCAUCGCGGGGUCUCUCUCUCUUCGCUUUAAUUCCCACACCAUCACUCCAUUUGUCAGCCGUGCCAUCAGUCAUCCACUCUCUGUGUGGCUCUGACUGACCCACUCCAUCUUACUGCACCUGUGUGGCUGCUUUUGGCACGGAGACGGCGUUUGAUUGACGGCUGCCCUAACUGUAACUACUCCGCCAGCCUCUCUCUGGCCUGGCAGCUGGAUGAGAGAGAGACACAAGCUGUUAGGUGAGCAGCAGCCAGACUCCAACCAUUAAACAUCUACCCACAACACGAACACAUAUCAAAAUACAUAGAACUAAAAACAUAUUAAGACUUUUCUGGCCUACUUGAGAUUUUUACUUGAGGUACUCUGAUGCCUGCAGCGCUAGCCAAGUGAUGACCGAUCGCGUUUGCGUGCUUGUCUUUGUCUAGUUUGUAUUUAUGUUCCGCCUCCAUGUCAACGUCACUCUGCUGUCGAGGUUGGGAGGAGCCGUUUCAGACUCUGCAUGUCAAUGUUUUAGUUCGUAUUUGCAAAUACUGUAUUUUAUUUUCAUUAAAACUGCCUCUAGUGUAAUAAUAUUAUUAACAUUAAUUAUAAGAAUAGGCAGCAUUUCCUAAGUUUAGUAAGUUAUGUACAGUAUAAUUUAUUAUUUUCCUCCUGUUGUUGUUUUUUUUUUUUUAUGAUCGUAUGGAAACUGCGCUUGAUAAAGCAUUAUAUUUAGCUGGGUAGGUAUUUAGAUUAAUUAUGUUCAAUAUUCCGUUUUUUUGUUUUUUAUUUGUUCUCGUUUUUUUUUUUUUUGUCGAAUUAAUCCUGUUCUGACGCUGGUAUAUCUCUGAGAAAGUGGUCACGGUGAACUGCUGAUAUGAAGGAAAAGAGACGUUUCUCUUUUUUUCGUUUUCUUUUUCUCCUCCGUGCAUCAUUCAUGAACUCCAAACACAUUUCUUAAAGCACUAGGACUCUGGACACUCGGAGACAAACAUAAUAAGAAGAACAUGAUAUUUUUAUUUGUAAUGGUUUAUGUAUAAUGUGAAGUUUCCUAUCUGUUAAUUCUCUUUUACUGAAGAUAAAGAAAACAGCUAUAUUAUACCCCAAUUGUUAUUGAACAGAAAGAGCGCGUGGAUCUUGUUUACUGAUAUUUUGUCAUCCUCUCCCUUAUGUUUCAUUGGAACAUCAUUGGUUUAGAUGAAUACAUUUGUUUACCUAUCGUGUCAAAUUACAGUUCAGGAUUACAGUACACAACAACUAACCCUUGAAAGGAUGGUUCAUCCCAAAAAUGAAAUUUUGCCAAAAACCUGUAUGACUCAAUAGGAGACGUUUAGCAGAUGCUCCGAGCUGCUCUCUUUCAAACAAUGAGAGUGGAAAAGAAAAAGAAAAAUCAUCAUAAAAGUGGUCUGCUGAUAUAUCUUUGUAAAAGAAACCGACUUAAAGUCGCUGUGAGCGGCUCGGACGUUCUGCUAAACAUCUUUUGUUUCACGAACAAAAGAAAAAAAAGUGAAACAGGUUUUAAAAGACAUAGUGGCUGGUGACUAUUCCUUUUAAUCAGAAGGCAUGACCUUUCUAAAAUGGUGACCUGAUUCCAGUGAAGCUCCACUGAACGGCCACAUUAGAUGUUUUUAUCUCCAGAAUUGUUUUAGCUCCACACUGUCUCCAUCUGUCAAUCAAGCUCACUAUCACACCUUGUCAGAUAACGAAAGUCACAAUCAAAGAAUAGCUGCCAUCUGCUGUGACCAUGCUUUCACUUCCCACGAUCAAAUCAAUCGAUAGAGACACGUGUGCUGGAGGUUUAACAUACAAGGUCUCUGAUGAUGGCCUAUAUUACCAACAAUAAUUAAUAAGACAAUCAAAGUCACGUGUGGAGCUCAAAACAAUGUUAAAUGACAAACAAAAAGUACUUAACUUACCAUUUCAACUUGAGAAUCAAGAAAGAUAAUUAUGUAAAUAUAGCAUAGAGUUAUAGAUUUAUAUUUUGUUCAUAACACAGUGUAAUAUAAGUUGUAUAUUUCUUUCUCUUUUAUUGAUGUUAUUCAUGCCACAAUAAAUGCAAGAGUUACUGUACUCUUAUGGAAAAAAAGAAAAAAAAAGCAAGCUGUGGGUUACCACCAUCUGUUCUAAGUUGACGUUUUUCAGUAUUACUGCCAGUCAAGGCUCAAAUAAAAACAGCAACGUGUUCUGUA